AUGUGCCCAUUUUUUUAUUGUAUUUUAGUUAAAAAAAGGGAAAAAGUAUGUAGAAUCGGAACAGGAUCAUUGUGUACCGCCGUUUGUGUACCGCCGUUUGUGUACGGCCGUUUGUGUACCGCCGUUUGUGUACCUGGCCGUUUGUGUACCGGCCGUUUGUGUACCGCCGGUUGUGUACCCACUCAAAGGGGGACGUUUGUGUACCCGCAUUAUUUUUUAGAUUUUUUUUUGUUUUUUUAAUAUUUUUGUUUUUCUUUUAGGGUUUUCAACUAAUUCUGCUAAAAUUAGUUGACCGAUAACCCACACAAGUCCAUCCGGGCACUAACUUUCUCAAGGAGGACGAGAGGGAGGACGAGAAUCUUGUGUAG